UUAGCAUCAAUUAAAAUAAUAUAUUACAAAAUGAAAAAUUAUAAGCUUUCUCUAAGUGAUGUCUGAUAGCCGUUGAAGAUUCAUUUGGAAAGCUGGUAAACAAAUUUGAAACUUCCCCAAAACAAAAUCUGGGAACAUGGCAACCUUAAUUUCGAACGCCCGGCUUUUUCGUCAACUCAUUCGAUCGAAUUCACUUCUGCAUUCCACUGGCUUUGUUAGGUUAUCGUGGCAAAUUAACCGUACAAAAUCCACUCAAUCUUUCGUUAAUUGCGUCGCUUUUCAAAGACGUUCUGCAGCACGUAAAUAUACUAACAUGGCUGCAAUUGUCGACAAAAGCCAAUAUGUUCUUCCAAACUCGCAGCCAAUUGUGGAAUUGGAUUGUGCUUCGGCGUUCAAGGCGCUCAGCGAAAAAGAAAAGCUGUACGCGCACUAUUUUAGCCAGGCAUCAUGGACCGGUGGCCUCAUCGCUCUAGUUCAAUCCAGCCCGGAAUCACCGUUAAUUUUUUCACUUUUGCAUCGUUUGUUCCUCGCGGAGACAACGGCGGAGUUGAAGACGGCUGCACUGGAGGCCGGAGUGGUUGAGGACGAGUUCACGGCUUUCUUGGUUUACGCUUGCGGUUUUUUGGCCAACGCCGGAAACUAUAAGGGUAUGGGUGACAGUAAAAUCGUUCCCAAUCUGGAUGAGAGUAAGUUUGAUUUGAUAAUCAAAAGUUCGAAAGCUUACCGGGAGGAUGCGAAGACAGUUGGCGAUCUUUGGGAAAAGACCAGAAAGCCAAUUUUUCUGUUGACGGAACAGACCAAGACGCUGGGGCUGUGCGAUCAGGGUAUUACGACGUACUUUUCGUCGAAUGUGACUAGCCAGGAUACGGAACUGAUAGCCGAAUGGAUGAAGGAGAACAAGUUCGAGGCGUACAUUUGUCGGACUUUCAAGACCGUCGAAGAUGGUAAGUCGGUUUACAACAUUAAACUUGCUUCCGCUGAAGGAGGAGAUAAGGAAGGAAUAACACAAUCGCCUGUGGAAUACAAGGGAUGUAUUUUUAAAAUUACUCGGGGCGAUUACCGUGAGCUGAUGCAAAAGGUCGCCGAGCAUCUUAUCGAGGCGAACAAGCACUCGGCCAAUGAAAAUCAGAAAGCAAUGAUCGAACAGUACAUUCGGAGCUUCAACGAAGGUAGCUUAGAGGCACAUAAGAACGGUUCCCGGUAUUGGAUCAAGGACAAAGGUCCGGUUAUUGAGACCUACAUUGGGUUUAUCGAAACGUACCGUGAUCCAACCGGUCAGAGAGGUGAAUUCGAAGGUUUUGUUGCCAUGGUCAACAAGGAGAUGUCGGCCAAGUUCGGAACGUUGGUCGACAACGCGGAGAAAUUUAUCCAGCUACUUCCAUGGGGUGAGGAUUACGAGAAGGACAGCUAUCUGAAGCCGGACUUUACCUCACUCGAUAUACUGACGUUCGCCGGGUCGUGUGUGCCUUGCGGGAUCAACAUUCCUAAUUAUGACGAAAUACGUCAAGAUGAAGGCUUCAAGAACGUAUCGUUGGGUAAUGUCCUUGCCAACACCAAUAAAACGGACUCGAUUCCGUUUCUGUCCGAGGAAGAUCAGGCUUUGCUGAAACGCUACAAGGCGGCCUCGUUUGAAGUGCAGGUUGGCCUGCACGAGCUGUUGGGUCAUGGCAGCGGUAAAUUGCUUCGGAUAAAUGAGAAAGGCGAGUACAAUUUCGACCCGAAGAAGGUCACAAGUCCGUUGGAUGGAGAAUCCGUCGGUAGCUGGUAUGAGCCUGGUGAAACGUACGAUUCCAAGUUUAAAUCGUUGAGUUCGAGCUAUGAGGAGUGUCGUGCGGAAGCGGUCGGGUUGUAUUUGAGUUUGAAUCGGGAAAUUCUGAAAAUUUUCGGCCACACUGACGAGCAGGAAAUCGAGAACAUCAUCUACGUCAAUUGGUUGUUGCUGGUGUGGGGCGGGGUCGGUGUUGCGGUGGAGCUGUACAAUCCGACGCAAAAGGCCUGGCUGCAGGCUCACUAUCAGGCUCGGUUCGUGAUUAUGAAAGUGUUGCUGGAGGCCGGCGAAGGUUUGGUUAGCGUGGAAGAAACCGAGCCGGGCAAGAACCUGCUGCUGAAAUUUGACCGUAGCAAAAUUGAAACCGUCGGUAAAGAAGCGAUCAAGCAAUUUUUGCUGAAGCUCCAGUAUUACAAAUCUACUGGCGACGUGGUCGGGGCUACUAAGAUGUACAACCAUUAUUCGGAGGUCAACGAGGAAGGACCACAUCCGUGGGCCAAAUGGCGUGAUAUUGUGCUACUGCACAAGAAACCACGUAUGAUUUUCCUUCAGGCAAACACGGAGCUGGCUGAGGAUGGAAAAGUACAACUGAAAACCUACGAGUCCAGCUUCGAAGGAUACAUCAAGUCCUGGGUGGACCGGUUCCCGACAGUGGAAAUCGAUCAAGCCCUCGAGCGGAUCCACGAGCAGGAUAAAAUAUACUUCCAGGAUUUGAACUGAGGCGUUGUAGACCAUGUGUAUGUAUUUAACAUUUUUGGAAAUCAAAUAAAAGCUUUCGUACUAAUGAAUCAGAUCAA